UAUCCUUGCACAGAACUACGAAAGGACGGGGUUUGUCAUGAUUCCAAACGAUUCCAAAAGUCAUAACGAUUAUCAUGGAGGACGCGGACGAUGGGUUUCGAGUUGUUUCAAGAAAGAGAGGAAAGAAGAAUAAACUCAAUUCUUCCAAUAAGGACGUUCAUUUUCAUCCGUCCAAUCUCCCAGUGACGAGCGAUAUUGAUGUACCAUCGCUGAUUACAAAAAUCAGACAUUCUGUGAAUGACCUCCAGAUCAGCAGGUUUUUCAAGGAAUUAAAAGAAACAUUGCAGACUGUUCAAGUUGAAAAUUCAAACAGACUACCUCAGAGUGAGGUAUCGAAGAUCGUCAUCGAAGACUCGAAUGCACAGGGCAGAGAUCAUGGUUCACAAAGCAAUGUUACUCAGGAAAACAGUGCUCCGUUAGAACAGAUAGAUCCAAGUCAAAGUAAAUCGGAUGAGCAGAUUUUUGCAAGAAUUGCAGAUGAAGUGGAGAAGAGAGAGCAGGCAUCUUCAAGAACACCAGAUACAUCUCAUCUUGCAACAGAUUCAAGAAACCCAGAGGCUAUAAUUACACAGCCAGGUGCAUUAUUUGAUGAUACUGUGGAGCUGACACAAGAAGGGAAUAUGGACACAGCCGGAGCUGAAACGCAUGGAUGUUUAGAGAUCAACUUACAAGAGGAUUUGACUGAAGCAAGGGUUACAGAGGACAGGACAGUGACGCAGGUUGUUUGCUAUGGUCUGGGUAAUUUUUCAUCGUGUGUGACGGCCAGAUUUCAGCUUGCGUUGCUGGUUCUUCUGAAUUCAUUGAUAUCUCCAAAGAGUUGUUAUUUAUAUGACCCCAACUUCACAGAAGUGGAAAAGGAAAUCCUUGAAAAACUAGGAUUUUCACUCAUCAACAAAAAUGAGGAAGGGAAAAGAAAGUCCUCACAACCAACGUUAUUCUUCAUGCCUCACUGUGGGAAACCUCUCUAUAAUAAUCUCCUCUGGGCCAACUGGAGUCUGGAGUUAUCAAAUAUUAUCAUCCUUGGUAACAGCUUCAAUAACUUCUCAGAAAGGUUUACAGACAAGCUAUUAAAAGAGGAAGUUCCUUAUAUUCAUAAGAUUAUUCCAUACCACCGUGAGUUUCCAUUGAGAAACAUUUUCCAGUACACCGAUAUCUUCAAUGACAUGGCUUUCCAGAUCUUCCCUGCCAUCGUCCUACGAACAGCCCCCUCUACAUUCUGGACCAACAGACCUGAACCAAGUUAUGAUCAUAUAGACAGUGUAGAGAUUAUCACAGCAUCGACAUCUAGGUGAUACAGAGAGUCAGGGGCAGGUCCUACCAACUCUAACAGCAGCAAUUUCUUUUAUAAAGUUUCUUCAAGAAUAAUGGUUUUUAUUUUUCAUUUAUACCUGUGGAGAUAUUAGACAGUCAUCCAUGUAUGUUUGUUAAAACUGGAACCGGGGAAUUGUGAAUUUUUGACAUACAAUGAAAAGAAAACUUUUCUUCAAGAAUAAUGGUUUUUUUUUUGUCAUUUAUACCUGUGGAGAUAUUAGACAGUCAUCCAUGUAUGUUUGUUAAAACUGGAACCGGGAAAUUGUGAAUUUUUUUAUAUACAAUGAAAAGAAAACUGAAGUUUACCUUUAAUCCUCUUGUUAAAGGGAUGGUCUGGGCUGAAAGUAUUUAUAGCUUAAUAGAUAGAGUAGAAUUCACUGAUCAAAUUCUGAAAAUUUCAUCAAAAUCGGAAAACAAAUAACAAAGUUAUUGAAUUUUUAAGUUUAGCAAUAUUUUGUGAAAACAGUCGUCAUGAAUAUUCAUUUGGUAGGCUGAUGAUGUCACAUCUCCACUUGUUCUUUUAUCUUUUAUUAUAUGAAAUUAGGUUUAUUCAAAUUUUUUCCUCCAAGAACUAGAAAAUUGGAUUGACAACUGAUUUAGUGCAUUAGAGAUUUAUUGCUGCAACUUAUUUCAUUAUAAGGGAGACCUAUUAUUCACACAAGUAUGAAAUAAUGAAGAAAUUAUGAUUUUAUGUAAUAACAUAAGAAAAUGGAAAGUGGGGAUGUGACAUCAUCAGCCCACCUAAUGAAUAUUCAUGACAACUGUUUUCACAAAAUAUUGCUAAACUUUAAACUUCAAACUUCAAUAACUUUAUUAUUUGUUGUCCGAUUUUGAUGAAAUUUUCGGCAUUUUGCUCAGUGAAUUCUACUCUAUGUAUUAAGAUAUAAAUAUUUUCAGCCCGGACCAUCCCUUUAAUAGCAUGUUAUUUGUUUUUAAAUUGAAUUGCUAAGUAAUAAUUGAAGUGUGCUUCAUUCAUGUUUGAAAGUACACAGAUGGGCUGACUAAUAAAUCAUGGCCCAAACUCCUGUUGGGGUAAAACUUUUUAAUUUUGAUACAAAAGAUAAUAAAUUUACUUUUAAAAAUUAA